UUGGAGGUGGGUAUGUGUAUUAGGCAAAAAAAAAACAAAAAUAUUUCGUUUCACCGUUUGCUCCGCCUCAGGCGACGGAGGAGGUUCUUAUCCGUGUCCCCGGGGCUAUUCUCAACCUUAUCGACAAAUCAUACAGCGUUGAACUCGCGUGCAGUGAUUUCACCAUCGUUCUAAUCAUCCAGGGGGAUAAGGUUGAUGAAUCGCACUAAUUCUUUUCGAUUCAUCCGCCGAAGGAGGAAGGACAUGGAACUGGGUCCCGAUUCGGAUGAUGAUAUUCUCAAUUACGAAUUGACCACUGGUUCGGAAGGGCAUGACAAUGUGUUACCUGUGCUUGAUCAGGUUUUGCGAGACUACAGUUGUUUUACAGAGCAAAGAAUGUCUGAAAAUGCAAAGGAGACGGGUGAAGAGGUGCUGGGAAGUUCAAUGGUGGCACAUACUUCGCCGGAGGAGCUUAAGGGUGAGAGGAAAGAAGUUGUGGAGGGUCAAUUGUGUGGCGCACUGGACUACACUUGCGCUGAUAUGUAUUGUAUGGUUCAGUGGCAAAUGAUACUGCAGAGCAACUCCGGAACUAAAGCUAAAGACGAUCUUGCUGAUCCUAUAUGUGCUGCAGAGGUUAGUUUCUCAUGGGCUGUCUCUGCGAUUGAACAGCUUCAGUUUGUGACUUUUAAAAAUUAGGGUUCUAUGUUGAACUUAACUCCACAGGUCCUAUUCUAACCCUUGCGUAAAUUAUUAGGUGAACCAGUUGCUUCAGGUUGCACCAAAAUGCCAGAGCACGAUCUCAGAGAGUGGAUCAGAGGGAGUUUCUCAGCAGGAUUUACAGUCCAAUAGUAACAUGUAAGUUGAUCCUUAUUUUACUUUUUGCAUCCUGUAUGGUGGUUGCAGACUAUUCUUUUAUUUUCGAUCCUCUGUCAUUUGUUUCUAGUGCUUUCUAUCAUUGUUGGGUGCUAAUUUGUGUAUCAUACAUGGAAGGUUUGCCUUUCGAUUAAUCUCUUCAAUCUCAGUCUUUUCUAUAUGUCUUGUUUUGAUAUGAGUGAAUGAUGAUAUUUGCCUUGUGUGAUAAGUAUUCUAUCUUUCACUUGUACACAAGUUCGUCAAAAAUUUAAUUUUUUAGACCCUCACUAAGUAUUCUACCAUUGGACUAUAUUAAAAACAAUAAACCUUCAUAAGUGUCUAACUUUUGAUUUUGCAUUUUUUCCAAUUAUAAAUAUAGUUGGAUCUCAUUUAUUGGAUCCAACCAUUGGAAAUGCUAUUAUAAAAGAGCAAAAUUGAUAGAAACAUAAAAAUUGAACCUUUGCUCUGCUUUCAAGAAUCUAGUUCUUCAUUAAGUUCUCUUUGAAGAUUCAAUUCUGCUUCAGGGUUCUCUCGGUUUUAGUCGUCUUCUACUCCAAUUUCUGCAAACUACGCUUCGGUGUUCUUGUUUCUGCAUAAACGCGGUUGCGAUUAUUUCUGGGUUUUUGCUUCGAGUCGCUCAAGGUUCCAUUAGAGAUUGAGUGAGGUCUUCUUGGUAGUGAAAAGGGUUGGCGAAAAAAUAUGGAUAGGAUCAGUAAUUUGCCAGAUGAUUUUGUUGUUACUCACGUAGUCUCCUUCCUCUCGGCAAAAGCGGCUGCGUGCUUGAAGUGUACCUCCAAGAAAUGGCGGAAUCUGCUUACCGUCAUACCGAGUGCUGUUCUUGUUGGUUCCUCCUCGUCUGCCAUUAGUACUAAGGCAAGUCUCAAAAAAUUCGCUGACCGAUUAGCAUCGGCUCGACAUGCCAUUCACCGUUUGAGGAGAUUCUCUCUAAAGCUACAGUCUUUGGAUUUUGCUCAGUAUAGUACUGUCAACGAUUGUUUACGCGAUGCGUUCAAGUGUGGUGUCUUGGAUCUUGAACUGGACGUCAACGUCGAAGGAGAUUACUCACUGCCUUCUGAGAUCUUCACUUGCAAGAGCGUUGUGAAAAUGAAACUAGGGUCUGGUUUUGUUAUUGACUCUCUCACGAAGAAUGCCUUGCUUCCUGCUCUCAAGACUCUCCUUCUUGAUUCAGUUCGGUUCAAUGAUACUAGUGGUUGUGCGUUUACAAGGCUUCUUUCUGCUUGCCCUGUGCUCGAGGAGUUAGUCAUAGAUGGAUUCAACUGUGAACGUUGGAAUUGGUCUCACACUGUGUAUAGUCAGAUCCUUAGGAGACUUACUAUUCGGCGUGCAUAUACAGAAGAAGAAGAUUAUGAAGGCUAUGAGUUUAAGAGAAUUAGUUUUGAUAUUCCCAGUCUUGCCUACUUAGAAUACAGUGAUUAUAUUCAUGACGAGUUUCCAGUUGUUAGUCUCGACUCCCUUGUUGAAGCGAAGCUCCAUUUUAAUCUGAUGACUUAUGGGAAUGAAACCGAUCCAACGAAUCUGUUCAAUGGGUUGAAAAAUGUUCAGAUUCUGCGCUUAGACUAUGUUGACACGAUGCUGCUGUUCGGGGUUGGCAGUGAAACAGCCACAGUGUUUGAAAACAUGUCUCAUUUAUAUAUGCCAACUGAAACACAUUUCUGCUGGGAUGGUCUAAAACGUUUUGUUAAGAAAUCUCCAAAUCUGAGGACUCUCACCAUUGAGGAAUUGCACUAUCGGAAUUUAAUAUCUGUCUGCGAAUGCUUGAAGGAGUAUUCUUUCCUUUUGACCUGCCCUAUUGAGAUCCUAAAGAUAACCCACUUCAAUGGAUAUAUCCGAGAAAUGGUGCAACUAAAGCGUGUCUUGGAGAAAUUGCAGUUUCUGGUGCUGUUGGACGUUCAUGUCAAGGUAAGUAGUGAUGAAGAAAAGCUGCAGAUCUUGGCGGAUCUCUUAAUGGUUCCGAGAGCUUCAUCUAAAUGCAAAGUCCAGGUCAAGUUCGGUUAAACAAACUAGAAUUUGUUUGCCUCAACAUGAACAUUUAGAUCUGAUCAAAGAAACAGACGUGGUUCCUGGUUUGUUGACAUUGAGGUGUUAUUUGUUUUGCAUCUUUCGUACAUGAUAUUGUUCUGAAUCGAACAGUUACAUUUUUCUAGUCAUCUCUUAACUUAGUAGUUGUUUUGUGCCUAAAACAGUCUUGAGUUUGUAACAGAGAGGCUAAGCUACAAUAUGUCUAUUGUUGCUUUGAUUGUUUCUAUUUUUAAA